AUGGAUCUCCCAGAUCCCUAUCUCCCAGGCGCUAUCAGUUUAUUCGAGCAACUGGACAAAAAACUUGUUGUGGUACUUCGCGACGGUAGAAAGCUAAUUGGAUAUCUGAAGUCAAUAGACCAAUUUGCAAAUCUGAUACUCGAGGAUGUGGUGGAACGGACUUUUGUUGAUAAGUAUUACUGCGACAUUAAUCAAGGAUUUCUUUUGAUACGUGGCGAAAAUGUCGAAAUCGCUGGAGAGAUCGAUGAAUCCAUUCCAAUGAUUCAUCAACAG